GUUAAGUUACAGGGGAGAGCGGGAUAGUCCAGGACAAUUUAAGUUCGGAAGCAGCUCAGGACAGCACGAACCCGGCAUCGAACCCGGCUCUAGCCUUUACACCCACCUUGCAUUAAUCUUCUUUUGGAGGGAUUAUUCUCACUCCGAUAUAACUUUAUUUUUUACACACACAAAACAAAACCAAAAAAAAAUUAAUCCCCGGAGAGAAAUGCACGGAAAGAAACAGAGGGGCAAAGGAAAAGGCAAAGGAAAAAAAGGCCGAAUAGGAGACAGGAUCAAAGAAGAAACUACCACAGCUUCAGCUCCAAAGAUAAAACCACUGAAGAGUGAUGUGGUGGUGAACGAGGGGAAGAAGCUCGUAUUGAGAUGUGAAGCCAUUUCAGGCUAUCCACAGCCCACCUUCAAAUGGUAUAAGGAUGGCAAAGAGCUGAUCGUUAAUAAAAAAUCCAAAGAAAUCAGGAUUAAGAAAAGGAAAAGGAAGGAGUCGGAACUUCUGAUAAGGAAAGUGAAGCCAUCACAUGCCGGAGAAUAUACAUGUGAAGCUGUCAAUCAGCAGGGUGAAGAUCGGUCUAUAAGCAACAUAGCUGUAACACCAGCUACCACUUCACCUACGCCUUGGUCAGGCCACGCAAGGCCAUGUAACGAGAGCGAUCGGCACUAUUGUGUGAAUGGAGGACAGUGUUUCGUUAUCAAUGGUAUUAAUAAACUCUCCUGUCAGUGUCCAAAUGAAUUUACUGGUGACCGCUGCCAAAACUACGUAAUGGCCAGUUUCUACAAGCAUCUUGGAAUUGAAUUUAUGGAAGCUGAGGAGCUGUACCAGAAGCGAGUGCUGACGAUAACAGGGAUCUGUAUCGCCCUCCUGGUGGUUGGCAUCAUGUGUGUUGUGGCUUACUGCAAAACAAAAAAACAGCGAAAAAAGCUGCAUGACCGGCUUAGACAGAGUCUCCGCUCCGAGCGCAACAACAUGGUGAACCUUGUAAAUGGACCCCACCACACAAACCCUCCGGCAGACAAUGUUCAGUUGGCAAAUCAAUAUAUAAUGAAAAACCCUGGAUCCACUGAGCAUGUCAUUGAGCGGGAAACAGAAACCUCGUUCUCAACAAGUCACUACACAUCGACAACCCAUCACUCUACGACAGUUACUCACACACCCAGCCACAGUUGGAGUACAGGCCAAACAGAAAGUGUCAUCUCAGAUAGCCCUUCUGUGCUUGUAACGUCAUCAGUAGAAACCAGCAGGCACACCAGUCCAAUCAAUCACCGAGGUCGACUCAAUGGUGUGGCAGGUCGGCGAGAGAUGCUUAUCUGUGUGAGGAACUCAAGAGACACUCCGGACUCUCUCCGAGAUUCACCGCAUAGUGAAAGGUUCGUCUCUGCCAUGACCACUCCAGCCAGAAUGUCGCCAGUGGACUUCAGAACCCCAAUGUCCCCAAAGUCGCCUGAUUCAGAGGUGUCGCCGCCAGUCUCUAGCCUGACUAUAUCCAUGCCGUCAGUGGCCAUAAGCCCUUUAAUCGAGGAGGAGAGGCCUCUGCUUCUGGUGACCCCACCUCGACAGCGGGAGAAGAGGCAAGACCCUUACAAGCAGUACCGCAACUCCGCCAAGGACAGUGGCAGCAUCCCGGCCAGCCCGCUAAGGGUGGUCGAGGACGAUGAAUAUGAGACCACGCAAGAGUAUGAGCCAACGCUCGAGUCCCCCAAGAAAGGGGCCAGCAACAGGAGAGGGAAAAGAACAAAGGCUAAUGGCCACAUUUCACACAGAAUGGAGAGCGAGGGUAAUCCAAGCUCGGAGAGCAGUAGCUCUGACAGUGAAACUGAAGAUGAACGAAUAGGGGAAGAGACACCCUUUCUGAGCAUACAGAACCCCAUGGCAACAAGUGUAGAAUCAGCCCCUGCAUACCGAUUGGCUGAAAACAGGACUAACUCCACCAAUAGGUACUCGACACAGGAAGAGUUGCAAGUCAGGCUGUCCAAUGUAAUUGCUAAUCAGGACCCAAUUGCUGUCUAAAAACACAUAGAUGCACCAGUAAAACUUUAUUUUAUAUAAUGAAGUACUCCGGAUACUUUACUUUAAAUUAAACAUUUUAUUUUAUUUUAGCAGAAGAACCUUGCAGCUAGUAGAAAGUCUACAAGUUUUUAUAGAUUUAAAUAUAUAUAUGUAAAAAAAAAUGUUAGCAUUCACAAUACUAAUGUGCCAUAUGUAGCGUUUUUACAGUAUUUCAACACAGAAAGAUAUCAAUGGUGCCUUUAUGUUACUUUAUGCUGAAAACGGAGUUAGUACAUUGGUUGCCGUGGUACCUGCUACCAAACCUUCUGAUAAGAAAAAGAAUUUCCUUUAGAAUGUCCAAGAAAUUAGGGUAUUUUUCCUGGGGGAUGGAGUUUGGAUUCCGGCAGAGUUCCGAGUCCAUUGUCAACAACAGGAGGUGGGAAAAAGAAACCCACACGCAUGUGGGAAUGAAGGAGGUGUAUCACUUUGAUCUGCUUGUUCAGUAAUGUUUCACUGCUGUGGCUUCUGAUGGGACCUGAUGGUUUGUAAGAUUGAACAAAUCUUCCUAUAAAAUGAGACCAAAAGUAGGGCUUAACACGAGGGACACUGGAAUCUGUGAGCGCUGUUAUCAAGAAAAUCAGUAACAAGCACGUUACUACUUCAUGAUUAGCUGAUUUUGAAGGUGAAGCUUUCUCAAGAUGCUUCAAAAGGGUGUGUUUUACAUAUGGGUGUUUGAACAGUAAGGUUAUUCACUGAGUUUGGUCAAAUUAGUUCAAUGAAACUGUUUGCUUUAAAAGAGCAAUAUCAGUUCUCUUGGCAUUUUUGUAGGGCCAUUUUGUACCCUGUAAAUACUACAACCUCUUUGAGAAACCAACAUUGUGUUCCCCCUUGGAACCAGGCAUCAGGCAUUAGACUCAGUAUAGCUCCCAUCUGCAUCUUUCUGCCUCACUUGGAGGAGCUUUGGGUCAAUUUUCAGCUACACAGUUGGAGGAGUCACUGCUUGGAACUAAAUUGGUAGGUCUUGGCAAGGAAAGGUGAGGGAGUGAGUCAGUCGCCUUGACUCAGUGUCUUUCCUUUGCAAAUCACAGGACAUAGGAUACUGGCUGAUGGCAGGCAGACCGGAGGAGGCCGAGAACCUUUGAUGGAAGGAUUCUGUUGGGAUCCUGUAAUGGUUUCUGACAAUUUGGAACAGCCUGUUAUACAUUCUUGUUGCCAUCAUCUUAAUUAGUGGCAUCAGCUGCAGUGAAAGCAGGCUUCUGUGUCAUAUAACUUUUACUUUCAUUGAACUGACACAGGUAUUGAAACGAUGAUGGGAUGCGGCAGCAUCAAUCCUUUGGGGUGACAACAAUUAAAAUUGUUGGAGAUGCAGAUUACAGUCCAUACAUAUUCAAAAUACACAGCAUUGAACCUGCAUUCAGCAAAAGGACAAAGUUUCUGAUAUCUUCCUGUGUUUGUGAAACAGACGCAUUUAAAGCCUCUUUCAAAUAAACUUUUUUUUCUGUUUAAUCGUGUACUUCAUUAUCAAUCCAAUCAAUGUAGCUGCAACAAUUUCAGUUCCUCUUUCGCAAUAAAAAAAAGCUGAGUGCCAUCUGAACUCUCAAUCCUAACCCUCUGCUUUUUAAGACAUCGUAAGUUCUACUGUUAAAAUCAAGGAAACCCAGAGGGUUAUAUGGCUGUCAAAAGUGAUCAAACCGGUUCUUUGAACAUGCCGAAAAUUUGAAUUAUUCAAAAUUGCGAUAGAAUGUUUAUAAUCAGCGCUAGUUCAUUCUGUCACUAUAACAGUGAUGUGUCAGAAACUUCAAGUGUCUUCUCACUUCAGGUUGUCAACCCUGUGUUUUCAUUACUUUGAAUGCUGUGUCUUUUUACAUCAUUGUGUGUGCAUGUUAAUAAUACAGAAGGAUUGUGCAAUGUUAACACUCUUGUGACUCCGAUGGAAUUUCUGCAGUUUUGUAAUGAGCAGGGUGGACAUAUCUGACAGCUAUUUCAAGCAUCUGGUAGAACUAAACAUUCUUUUCAUUCCUGAUCCCCACUUCUAAUAAAUCUGAUCACAUCAAGGGUGAUAAAAAAAAACCUUUUGAAACUUCAGCUGAUGACAUAUUUGAUGCAUUUUGCAAGCGGCAGAGAUUAUUUGGUUCUUGAGGGGGGUUACACGGAGGAAAGAGGUGUCAGAAAUUGGUUAAAAUGGACAAUUGAUAUAAGGAAUCUGAUUCUCUCAUUUCCAAUUUGUCCUAAACCCCAAACUGGGCAAACAAAAUGCCCAGCAAUUAACAGGAAACUGACCGUCCCAGUCGAGCAAGAGUUCCAACAACUUCCGGAGAGAUGAAAAUGAUUUUAAUUUCUUUCAUCGCUGAAUCCAUUCUCUUCCUUCCUUAGCUGCCAUUAUGAAACAGACUUUUCCCUUUGAGAUCCUACACAGGCAAUAGGUUACACAAACUGAAAAC